AUGGAGAUUAAAGCAGACUGGGUGCCACUUUUGAUCGCCAUUACUGUUGCUGUAACUGUUACUGGUGCUGCUACUACUGCUGCUGCUGCUACUUUGACUGUUUGGCUUGAGUAUCUGCCGAACUUGCGACCGCAGAGUCAUGGAUGUAUUGGGAAUUAUAUGGCUGCUAUUGCUGCUGCUAUUACUUCUGCCACUGAUGCUGCUGCUGCUGCUGCUGCUGCUGCUGAUGUUGCUGAUGUUGCUGAUGUUGCUGAUGCUAAUUAUGAUGCUGGCAGUUGCAACAUUGACGUCUGA